AUGAACAACCAGGGCCAGCCUGGCCAGCCAAACCCCAUGGCUGGCCAAGCCGUGCCUGGUGCGCGACAGCCGCCCAUGUACCGACCCGAGAUGAUGCGAAACCUCCCGAUUCUCAACGAUGAAGAGAAGGCUAAAUAUGAGAGGGGCCUCCGUCAACUGUGGAAUCACUAUGAGACGCAUCCCGAAGAGUCUGCCCAGCAUCAGGAUGCCAAGAAGAAGAUACAGGAUUUUACCAAAAUGCUGCUCAACAAGCUUCAGCAGAGGAGGAUGCAGGUCCAGCAGCAGCAGCAACAACAACAGGCCCAGCAGCAACAGGCAGCCCAGCAGCAACAACAAAGCCAGCCCGCGCAGCCACCCGCUCCAGUGCAACCUGCCCAGCCGGCCCAGCCGCAACCACAACCACAACAACAGCAACAGCAACAACCGGCUGCAGCAGCCAACCAAGGCACUACCGGAGGUGUCACCGUCAAGACGGAGCCCAAGACGGAGAACAACAACCCGUCUGCCACCGCAGAGCCUGCCCAAACCCCCACUCCAGCCCCAGCGUCUGUGCCGACUCCCACUGCGCCGCAACAAGCGCCGCAACAAGCGCCCCAGACGACGCAGUUCCCAGACCACAUCCUCGCCCAUAUUAGACAGAUGACCUUCAACCCGCCCCAGGGCAUCCUCGACAAGGGGCAGGAGAGCGCCGUCCGAUGGUCCAACGACUACAAGGCCAAGUACCUGCGCGCCCUGAUGCAGAUGGACCAGCAGGGCAAUCAGAUGAAGAGAAUCGACGUGCACAUCAAGAACCAGCAGGAGAAGGGCGUGCUCGGUGCCGACGAACAGAAGCAGCUCCAGAUCCGAAGAGACCACGCCCAGAAGAUGUACAACGAGGCUCACAGCUUUGUCACCAAUUUCCGUAAGAGCCAGGAGGCUAUCAACAAGGCAAGAGCGGCUGUGGCAGCUGCUGCCGCAGCGGGACAGACGGCGGCAAGUGCGGCCGCGGCAAGUGCAGCAAGUGCAACAGGUGCAAGUGCGGCCGCGGCAGGUGCGAGUGCGGGUGCAGCAACGUCACGACCUCCUUCCCAGGCUUCGCAACAACAGCAACAACAACAGCAGCAGCAGCAGCAAAAUAGCCCGGCCAUCGCGACAUCUCAGCCUCCUUCAACGCAGCCUAGUGCUGUUCAAGCAAGCCCUGCUCCGACCGCGCAAAACACCCCCGCUAUGCAGAACGCCCAGAAUCCCACGACCGCUGUCAACGCUGCCAUCGAAGCAGCUAAGAACCAGCAGAUGGCCAACGCCGCCGCUGGUCGAGGCACUCCUCCACAGCAACAGCAACAGUUGCCUCCCCAACAGGCCCAGCAGCAUCAACAGCAACAGGCUCAACAGCAAGCCCAACAACAGCAGCAGCUUCAGCAACAACAGGCUCAGCAGCAGCAACAGCUUCACCAACAGCAGCAGCAGCAGCAAUACCAGCAACAGCAGGCUCAGCAGCAGGCUCAGCAGCAGGCCCAGCAGCAGGCACAGGCUCAGGCAGCAGCUCAAGCCCAAGCCUCCACUCCCUCGGCCCAGACCCCGACUACUGCUGCUCAACCUGCUCAAAUCCAACCCGGUAUGGCGCAAGGCCAGCAUCAUCCUCCACCUGUCAACACCGCCAUUGCUUCCGUUUCUGCAGGUGGGCUUCCUUCGGCAGGCACUCCCACCCAGCGCGUCGCCACUCCCCAGUCGGCUGUUCCUCCCGGUCCCGGUCAAGCUCUCAGCCACUCGGCCGCCGUCUCUCGCGCCAACCAGCGCAUGAACUCGCAGACCUCGGCCAUGCCCUCUCAGCAACAGCAGCAGCAACAGCAGCAACAGCAGCAGCAAGCUACUGGUACUCCUGGCUCCGCCGGCGCUCACGCACAAGGUGUCAUGGGAUCCGGAGCCGUUCCGCAACAACAGCACGCCCAUCCUACCCAGCCGACCCAGACGCUACAGUCUAAGCUCCCCAUUCCUAAGCAGCUCCCGGAGAAGGCGACUGCCGUCCCUCAGCCCGUCGCCAUGGCUGGCGGUGCUGGCGCUGGUCGUCCUACCUACACGGGCGGUGGCGGCAUUGCUGGAGGUGUCAUGGGACAGCCAGCGAUGGCUAAGAUCCCCGCCUAUGUCCACGAAGCCGAGGGUGAUCAUGUUCUGAGCAAGAAAAAGCUGGACGAGCUUGUGCGCCAGGUCUGCGGCGGGAACGCUGAGGGCCAGGAGAUCAACAUGCUGACCCCAGAAGUCGAAGAGAGCGUCCUGGCCAUGGCCGACAGCUUCGUCGACAGCGUCCUCGAGACGGCUUGCCGCAACGCCAAGGAGCGCGGCUCCAAGGUCCUCGAGAUCCGCGACAUCCAGCUCGUACUCGAGCGCACCUACAACAUCCGCGUUCCGGGCUACUCUUCGGACGAGUUGCGCACCGUCCGCAAGAUCCAGCCGUCCACCGCCUGGAUCACCAAGAUGAGCGCCAUUCAAGCUGCUAAAGUCACGUCUGGCAAGGGCGAGUAG